UAUUAGCCUGUUAUAGAGCAGUUCGACACUCCCUAGGCUUUUAGGUUCAGCCUCAUGCUAUUCUCGUUGGUCUUUAAGAUAUAUGGUAGCAGAUGUCAGGUUUUCUUAACCACCAAACCAAAAAAGAUUCAAUUUUUUUUUUUUAAAAAAAGAAUAGUUAAAUGCUGGGAUGGUAGUAGAUAGCAUUUUAACCAUUUAUUUCUUUGUUAUACUGUUCUUCACCUGUUCAAGAUAUUUCCUAGCUCAUUGACUCAACAAAUUGAUGCACAGCUUAGAAUUUUUUUUGCGAAAAUUAAAAAAAUGCAUUUCUCAGGAGGCAAUGAAAAAUGUAACUUUUUGGUAGAAAGAUAGCUUUUUAGAAUGGUGGAACAUUUGGGUUGAAGAUAAAAUUUCUCAAAAAAAGCUUGAAGUAUAAUUUUUUUUUCCCGUGCUUUUCUAUUACGUGCCAAAAUUAGAACCUCCAUUCUUCAUUAACUUUUACUUUUCUCGGACAAUUUUCAUUAUAUUUUCUGAAUUAGGGCAGAAAAGUUGGUGUAGUUUCUUUUCUCUCAAGAAAGCCAUCUGAAGACUUCAUAAACAAUGCUUUUACUGGUGAUCAAUCCUCAUUUCUCAUCUGGCAAAGCAAAUUCUUUCUAUUAUCUGAACAAGGAAGCAACAUUGCAAAUACUGAGGCAUCUUCUGCUCCAAUGGGUGAAUAUGGCGGGCGGGAUUACCAUGGCCUCCUUGAAGGAGCUGCAAGAGCAAACAAUCUUCCAAAGGUCUCGAUCAUACCUCUUGUAUUCUUAAUCUUCUAUGAGGUCUCUGGUGGUCCAUUUGGCAUAGAAGACACUGUUCAGGCUGCUGGUCCCCUUCUAGCCAUCCUUGGUUUUCUGGUUUUCCCAUUAAUAUGGAGCAUACCAGAAGCACUGAUCACUGCCGAGAUGGGCACCAUGUUCCCAGAGAAUGGAGGCUAUGUUGUGUGGGUCUCUUCUGCUUUAGGCCCAUACUGGGGUUUCCAGCAGGGCUGGAUGAAAUGGCUCAGUGGUGUAAUAGACAAUGCUCUAUAUCCCGUUCUUUUCUUAGACUAUCUGGAGUCCACAAUCCCAGCUUUAGGGGGAGGCCUCCCAAGGGCUUUUGCAGUGUUAGGCUUGACAGCGUUGCUCACGUUUAUGAACUAUAGAGGCUUGACCAUAGUUGGAUGGGUUGCUGUUUUUCUCGGGGUCUUCUCUAUCCUCCCUUUCAUCAUUAUGGGGCUCAUGGCUAUUCCAAAACUCAGGCCUAAGAGAUGGCUAGUGGUUAACCUGCACAAUGUUGAUUGGAAUUUGUAUUUGAACACACUCUUUUGGAAUCUCAACUACUGGGAUUCAAUCAGUACUUUGGCAGGGGAGGUGGACAAUCCAUCAAAAACAUUACCAAAGGCUCUCCUGUAUGCAUUGAUUUUAGUUGUAGUUGGGUACUUGUAUCCCCUCUUGGCAGGCACAGGAGCUAUUCCACUUGAUAGGGAGUUAUGGACAGAUGGCUAUUUCUCUGAUAUCGCGAAGAUUGUUGGUGGGGUUUGGUUGACAUGGUGGGUGCAGGGGGCGGCAGCAUUGUCCAACAUGGGGAUGUUUGUUGCUGAAAUGAGCAGUGAUUCUUUUCAGCUUCUUGGUAUGGCGGAACGGGGAAUGCUCCCAGAGUUUUUCAGCAAGAGGUCCCCUUAUGGGACUCCUCUCAUUGGGAUCAUGUUCUCUGCUUCUGGUGUCCUUUUGCUGUCUUGGCUGAGCUUUCAAGAGAUUGUUGCUGCUGAAAAUUUUCUUUAUUGCUUUGGAAUGCUAUUAGAGUUUGUGGCAUUCAUAAGGUUAAGGAUAAAGAAUCCGAGGGCAUCUCGACCUUAUAAGGUACCUCUAGGGACAAUUGGUUGCAUCUUGAUGAUCAUUCCUCCUACUCUGUUGAUAUUUGUGGUACUAGUUUUUUCUUCUCUCAAAGUAAUGCUUGUAAGCCUCGCAGCAGUGAUUAUUGGACUUAUUUUGCAACCUUGUCUGCGGUAUGUGGAGAAGAAGCGGUGGUUGAGGUUCUCCAUUAACCCUGACCUUCCUGAUUUUAGAGCCACUGGAAAUGAGAAUGCUGCUGAAUCUCUGAUGGAGUAGUUCAAUUUUUGGUGAGAGUAUUUACACACCUUGUGCAUGGAGUUUGAUGCAUGCUGCUUGAACACUACUUCAUGUUCUACAGAGCUGAAACUAAAUACUUGUCUUGACAAUGGAGAGUGGGGAUCAGGUUUACCCCAGCAUAAUCAUUUAAUGCUAGAUAUCUCUUUAUAUAAUACUACUACCAAAUCACAUGUUACUGUUGAUUUAUAUGCAUGUAAUUUAUGUGAAGCAUGAUAGGAUUCUCAUCAUGUUGACACUGAGAGGAAGAUCUCUCCUUGUUUUCGAGCUGUUUCAUGAUAAAUGUAGUCUUUUAUUG